AUGGAAAUCAACAACUCUAAUAAAUCCGAAUCGGAAUACAAACAUGAUCUUGAUUUUGCUACGGAUCCGCCUCUCACAGAAGCGCUCACUCAUCUGUGGGCGGCUGUUCAAAAACUCGGCGAGGAAUCUGUAAAAUGCAUAGAGGAAAAAAAAUCGUUAACGAGCGUGAUGGACAAUUACAGGCAAUUGAUGCCAGAAAUCAAACAGUCUAUUUUAUCAGAGCAAAACACAGUGGAAAAACUCAAAGAGGAAUUAAACUCUGCACAUCGUAUGCUGGACGCUUCCAACCUUCGAGAACAAAUAAUUCAAGAAUCCAACGAUAAUUUAUUGGCACAAAUAAAGACCUUAAAAACUGAACUGGAUUCGAAAACUAAGCAAAUGGAAGAGGAAAGCUUAUUUUCUUCUAUGGGUCAAGGUGAUACGAGCCAAUUAGAGUUGACAAGAACAAAGCGGGAACUUACUAGAAUAGAUAUAGAGAACAAGCGUCUAAAUAAUCUUUGUGAGUCGUUGAAAAAAGAGCUGGACGGUGCCGAGUAUAAUGUCAGAGAUCUCGAAGCCGAUUUAGCUGCUCAAAGUAACAAUCUAGUGAAAGAAAUAAAAACAAAGGAAAAAUUAGAGGACCGUAUAAAAAGUGACCACGAUCAAAUGGAAAAAAUAAAAACCGAACUUGGUACCAUUAAGAAUAAUUUCAAAAAGUAUCAAGAAAAUGAAUUAUUAAGAGUUCAAUCCGAACUGACACGUUUGAUUGCUACUCAUGAAACAUCUGUCAGAAAACGACAAGAAGUUGUGGAGGAGGUUGAAAAAAUUUCUGAGGGAAAAAAAAAUUCUGAAAACGACGUAGCUACUUUGGAACGAAACUUAAACGCAUCACAAGAAGAUAAUAUUCAACUUAAAAAAAUGUUAGAAUUAACAGAAAGAGAAAAGAAGUUACACCAAGAAAUAAUAAAUUUAAAACACAAAAUUCACGAAGAUUCGGUGACAUUAAAUCACAAAGAAGUGGAAGUACAAGAAUUAAAAAAAGAAGUAAACAAAUGGAGUGAUAAGUUUAAAGAGCAAGAUCACGACCUACACACUAUAAAAACUGAAAGAAAUCUGUUUUCAAAAAAUCUUACUGAAGCUAAGGUUUGUAUCGCCAUAAUACUUUUUAAGUGUCGUAUUAAUUCAUUAUUAGUUUAA